AUGCUCUUCGGCGGCGUACUGAGGCUGGGCGAGCAGCUGCGGGAACCGACUGGCACAUUCGACGCAGAGGAGUCCUGGGAGUGCAGCCUGAAAAAUGAACCCCUUCAUGGAAAACGGUGCACAUUUUGCCAGCAGCAACGCCGGGCCCUUUUAUAUGCAAGUCGUGGGACAGCCACCAUUCCCAGGCCUCUGGGGCCAGAACCCGGCUUAUAAUCCUCUCAGCAGUCCUGGGGCAGGUUUCAGAAACGGAAGUUCGUGGUUGUCAUACUCAUCGGCGUUUGGCGAGUGUCCCAUCUCUCUAAUCCCACAGUCUCCGCCUCCCACCCUUGACCGCAGACCCGCGUUCCGCCGGUCUUACGCAUCGCAGCUGCAGCAGUUUGAUGGCUUUGCAAGAAAGAAAACCAAAGAGACCCCAGCUGGUCACAGGCAGGCAGCAGACACCCAUUCACGAGGCAGCAGGCGUGACAUAGGUCAGAGCGGGUCAGCCUGUAUUUCUGCCAUCCCUGUGGAGGCAGAAACUGACGGCAUUUCUGGAGAAUCAUUCGAGCCUCUGCAUCUCGCCCAGGAGAGGGGGCCACGUGAAAAGAGCUGUGAUCAUGCCUUGUACAGAAACACCCCUGGCCGGGGCUGUGCCUGUGAGAGGGAGGUCAUGAGAGCAGAAGGGGGCCGUGGGUCCCUCGGGGUGCAGUCCUGGAGCACUGUCAGUGAGAGCAGCCAUCUGUGUGACCGGGCCUGUGGUGAAGGCACAGCAGAGGACCAGGCCCAGCGCAGCCUGCCUUCAGGGCUCCCCUGUACCCCUGAGGGCAAGGGCGCGGCAACGAGGAAGGGAGCUUCCAGGGCCUCAGACGAGAUCCUGGAGUCAGGCAGUGCUGUGCGGGUGACCGUGAGCCGAGGAAGGAGCAGGUGUGGGGACGUUCCCCCGAACCUGCUAGCUCUGGAUACGAAGGCCAGUGAGGAGGUUCAGUUUGUUAAAAGCCAGAAUAACCUGAAGUCACAAGUGUGCGAGUCGGACGAUCUGAAGCAGUGCCCAUCUCACACGGAAGCAAAGGCCCUGAGCCUGCCACCCAGUCCCCAAGGGCACCUGGGCAAAGGGAGGAGAAAGCCAGGCCUCCCAGAGAGCCACUGUCCCUCGCCAACCCCGCUGGCCCAGCCAUCACCCCAUGGAGACGAGGGGCCCUGCAGAGACAGCGGAGUGUACCAGCCUCCCCGUGAAGGUGAGGAGGCUGUGUCCGCGGGUGUGGCUGAGCUGAGAGAGGAACCUCGGAAGCCGCAUCCGCCUGGCGUAAGACGUCCUCCAAGUCCCGUCCUGAUUGCAGCGCCUGGUGCUAGAGUUGACCGAGGGAUUCAGUGUGACAUGAGCUGCAUGGAGGAAGACACAGCACGGCCUGAAGGGGGCGACGAAGCUGGAUGGUGGCUUGAAGGUAAAGGGGGCCUCGAAGGUGAACGGGGCCUCGAAGGCGAAGAUGAAGGUGGAUGGUGCUUUGUAGGUGAAGAGUGCAAGGAAGGUGAAGGGGGCCUCGGAGGUGAAGAUGGCGAUGAAGCUGGAUGGUUGCUUGAAGGGGAAGGAGCCCUCGGAGGUGACGGGGACCUUGGAGGUGAAGGAGACCUCGGAGGUGAAGAUGGCGAUGAAGCUGGAUGGUUGCUUGAAGGGGAAGGAGCCCUCGGAGGUGACGGGGACCUUGGAGGUGACGGGGACUUCGGAGGUGAAGAUGGCGAUGAAGCUGGAUGGUUGCUUGAAGGGGAAGGAGCCUUCGGAGGUGACGGGGACCUUGGAGGGGAAGGAGCCCUCGGAGGUGAAGGAGCCCUCGGAGGUGAAGGGGGUGAUGAAGCUGUUGAAGAGUGGGAUUACAGUGCAGACCUAUAUGAGAAAAGUCGGUCGUAUGUGACGCGCUACCUUAAACGUCAGGUUAAGGAAAUGAUGAGAGAAAGGAGACUGAAUGCCGCCAUCACCAGCCCCAAGCGACAGACAAAGUACAUACUGUUCAAUGAGCGCGGCUUCAGGUAUCUGUUUUCUGAAAUCGAGGAGAACGACAACGUGGAAUUGUUAUUUGAGGAAGAUAGUGAUGACAUUUGUGUGCUAGACUACCAUCUUAAAGAAGCUCCCAGAGGCUCCCUGCUUUUGUACGAGGGCCAUAUUUACCUACAGAUUGGCCAGGAGAUAGAGUGGAAACCUCGCAGGAAGCCUGCUCGCCACGCCGAGUUCCACAAGGUCUGGGUGAAGACCGAGGCGGGGGUGGCCAGGUACAGGAGUCUGUACGGAUACCCCAGUUCACUCUCGGAAGAUCUCGCAUGGAGCGCACCUGAAGCAGACAUCUGAACUGAGUUCUACCACCGCAGAUGCGGGUGUCCCGACGGGAGAUCUCUCUGUGCUGGAAAUAACACCCCUGGAGUAAGAAGACGAAAUAGAACGCUUUUUGAACUAGAUGUUGUGAGACAGUAAAUAAAUAAAAUUACAUGCGUGUGAACGUUUUUUUUCCCCUGACCAGAGGGAAGGAAAGGGGGAAUGCGCCCGCUCUGUGGGAAAUGGUCACGCCCUAGUCACCUCCAUUUCUUACUCCUCAGGACCUUGGGCACACUCACCUGCGUGCCCACAGUGUUUCACUGGGCCACUGGGUCGGGCACUCGGCCAUGUGGACCUAGCUGCGUAACCUCACCGUCACCCGGCCCACAUCUGUGUCAUUGUAAGCCUUUUUCCUUUUCCCUCAAAGUCGCUAUCACUGCCAGGUAAUCCUCAAAAUUGUCCUUUUUUU